AUGUACAGCUGGGAUCGGGCUGUCCAGAAAAGAAGUGUUAAAUACAACGCCGAGCUCAUGGAGACCGGAGAAAAGCACUGGGAGGAGGCGGCGGCGGUGAAGGAGUGCGACAAGCCGUGCGCCAACGGCGGGCGCUGCGUGCCCGCCAGCGGGCAGUGCGAGUGCCAGCCCGGCUGGGUGGGCGACCGGUGCCAGCACUGCGGGGGGCGCUUCAGACUCACUGAACCUUCGGGCUACGUAACGGAUGGUCCUGGAAAUUACAAAUACAAAACAAAAUGCACCUGGCUGCUAGAAGGAAGCCCAAACACAAUCCUGAGGCUUCGGUUCAAUCACUUUGCUACAGAAUGCAGUUGGGACCAUUUAUACGUGUACGAUGGAGACUCGAUUUAUGCUCCCCUGCUAGCAGCUUUUAGUGGUCUUAUUGUUCCUGAGAAAGACAGCAAUGAAACGGUCCCAGAAGUUGUAGCUACUUCUGGAUAUGCUCUUCUGCAUUUCUUCAGCGAUGCUGCCUAUAAUUUGACAGGCUUCAACAUCACAUAUAAUUUCAAUACGUGCCCCAACAAUUGCUCUGGCCGAGGCGAGUGCAGACUCGACAACAGCAGCAAAGCUCUGCAAUGUGAAUGUGCCAAACACUGGAAAGGAGAAGCCUGCGAUAUUCCUUACUGCACGGAUGACUGUGGCGCUCCCGAGAGAGGACACUGUGACUUUAAUGAGACGAAGGCAUGUUUGUGCUCUGCAAACUGGCAAGGUCCUGGCUGUUCCAUUCCUGUUCCUGCAAACCACUCAUUUUGGACCCGGGAGGAAUACUCGCUUCCUAAACUUCCUAGAGCAUCUCACAAAACCAUAAUCCACGACAAUAAAAUGUGGAUUGUUGGAGGCUAUGUCUUCAAUCAUUCUGACUCUCAGAAAGUUUUAGCGUACGAUCUCAUUUCUGAAGAGUGGCUUCCACUGAACCAAACUGUCAACGUGGUAGAGAUGAGAUACGGUCAUUCGCUGGCAUUACAUAAGGACGAUAUGUACAUGUAUGGUGGAAAAAUAGACGCGACGGGCAACGUGACCAGUCAGCUGUGGGUGUUCCACAUUCCCAGCCAGUCCUGGGCUCAGGUGACCCCCAAAGCCAAGGAGCAGUACGCAGUUGUGGGCCACUCGGCGCACAUCGUCACCCUGCAGGACGGUAAGGCCGUGAUGCUCGUCAUCUUCGGCCACUGCCCGCUUUACGGCUACAUCAGCAACGUCCAGGAAUACAACAUUGCCACAAAUACAUGGAGCAUUUUACAGACAAGCGGAGCUUUGGUGCAAGGAGGCUAUGGGCACAGCAGCGUUUAUGAUCCAAAUACAAGAUCCAUUUAUAUCCAUGGAGGUUACAAAGCGUUCAGUGCCAACAAAUACAGGCUAGCAGAUGACUUGUACAAAUAUGAAGUUGAUACCCGUAUGUGGACUGUUCUUAAGGAAAGUAGUUUUUUCCGCUAUUUGCACACUGCUGUGAUAAUGAGUGGAACCAUGCUGGUGUUUGGAGGCAACACGCACAACGACACCUCAAUGAGCCACGGCGCUAAGUGCUUUUCUGCGGAUUUCAUGGCGUACGAUAUUGCUUGCGAUCAGUGGUCAGUGCUUCCUCGUCCUGAUCUCCACCACGACGUGAACAGGUUUGGACAUUCUGCUGUGCUGUACAACAGCACCAUGUAUGUGUUCGGGGGCUUCAACAGCCUCCUCCUGAGCGACAUACUGAAGUACACGCCGGAGCGGUGCGAAGCUUUCGGCAACGAAACGGCCUGUUUGCGAGCGGGCCCCGGGCUGCGGUGUGUGUGGAACAGCUCCCGCCUCCAGUGCCUCCCCUGGGAGAUGGCAACGCUGGAGCAGCAGCAAAAGGUCUUUGAAGACUGUCCUUCUAAGCUAGUUGUAGACAGUGAAAAAUGUGAUCAGAUUACAGACUGCUAUAGCUGUACAGCAAAUACAAACAACUGCCAGUGGUGCACUGACCAGUGUAUCUCGAUGCACAAGAACUGCACAGAAGAACAGAUUCCUAUUACUACAUAUGAUAGCUGUCCGAAGGAUAACCCUGCAUAUUAUUGCAACAAAAAGACAAGUUGUAAAAGCUGUGCCAUGGAUCAGAACUGCCAGUGGGAACCUAGGAAUCAGGAGUGCAUCGCUUUGCCGGAAAAUAUCUGUGGGACAAACUGGCACUUGGUGGGCAACUCGUGCUUGAAGAUCACAAACACAAAGGAGAACUACGAUCACGCCAAACUGUCCUGUAGAUCCAACGGGGCUUACCUGGCUUCUCUUACAACGCAGAAAAAGGUGGAGUUUGUUCUGAAGGAGCUACAGAAGAUGCAGGCUUCACCCAAAACUUUGACUCCGUGGGUUGGCCUGAGAAAAAUCAACGUGUCCUACUGGUGCUGGGAAGACAUGUCGCCCUUCACCAACAACCUGCUCCAGUGGCUGCCCCACGAGCCCAGCGACGCUGGCUUCUGUGGCUACUUAGCCGAGCCUUUGCAGCAGGGCCUGAAGGCAGCGACCUGCAUCAACGAAGUGAACGGCAGCGUCUGCGAGAGGCCAGCCAACCACAGUGCCAAGCAGUGCCGCACGCCCUGCGCCCUGCGCACGCUCUGCGGCGAGUGCACCAGCGGCAGCUCCGAGUGCAUGUGGUGCAGCAACAUGAAGCAGUGCGUGGACUCCAACGCCUACGUGGCCUCCUUCCCCUACGGGCAGUGCAUGGAGUGGUUCACCAUGAGCAGCUGUCCCCCUGAAAACUGUUCAGGCUACUGCACGUGCGGUCACUGUUUGGAACAGCCCGGCUGCGGAUGGUGCACUGAUCCGAGCAACACUGGCAAGGGGAAAUGUAUAGAGGGCUCCUAUAGAGGGCCAGUAAAGAUGCCAACCCCGUCCUCGACAGGGAAGCAAAGCUUGGAACCCGUCCUCAACGUCAGCAUGUGUGCCGCAGAGAAUAAAUACAAUUGGUCCUUUGUUCAGUGUCCAGCCUGCCAGUGCAAUGGGCACAGUAAGUGUGUAAAUGAAAGCAUCUGUGAAAAGUGUGAAAAUCUGACAACUGGCAAACACUGUGAAACUUGUAUUUCUGGCUACUAUGGAGAUCCUACUAAUGGAGGAACGUGUCAGCCUUGCAAAUGCAACGGCCAUGCCUCCGUGUGCAACACCAACACGGGGAAAUGCUUCUGCACCACCAAGGGAAUCAAAGGAGACGAGUGUCAACUGUGUGAAGUUGAAAAUAGAUAUCAGGGAAAUCCACUGAAAGGAACAUGUUACUAUACUCUCCUCAUUGACUAUCAGUUCACCUUCAGCCUCUCUCAAGAGGAUGAUCGCUACUACACGGCCAUCAACUUCGUAGCAACACCAGAAGAGCAAAACAGAGACCUUGACAUGUUUAUCAAUGCAUCUAAGAACUUCAACCUCAAUAUUACGUGGUCAACAAGUUUUGCAGCAGGCACACAGGCUGGGGAGGAGAUUCCAGUCGUUUCAAGAACCAACAUAAAGGARUACAAGGACAGCUUCUCCAAUGAGAAAUUUGAUUUCCGCAACAAUCCAAACAUCACUUUCUUUGUCUAUGUCAGCAAUUUCACCUGGCCAAUAAAAAUACAGAUUGCAUUCUCCCAACACAGCAACUUUAUGGACCUGGUACAGUUCUUUGUGACAUUUUUCAGUUGUUUCCUGUCUUUGCUCCUGGUGGCAGCCGUGGUGUGGAAGAUUAAGCAAAGUUGCUGGGCAUCACGACGGAGAGAGCAACUGCUGCGUGAGAUGCAACAGAUGGCAAGUCGCCCCUUUGCCUCCAUCAACGUUGCCUUAGAAACAGAUGAGGAACCGCCUGAUCUCAUUGGAGGAAGCGUCAAGACCGUACCAAAGCCCAUCGCGCUGGAGCCCUGCUUUGGCAACAAAGCUGCUGUUCUCUCYGUGUUCGUGCGGCUGCCCCGGGGACUGGGCGGAAUCCCACCGCCCGGACAGUCAGGUCUCGCAGUGGCCAGUGCACUGGUGGACAUUUCACAACAGAUGCCAAUUGCCUACAAAGAGAAAUCGGGUGCAAUACGAAAUCGGAAACAGCAGCCCCCUGCACAGCCAGGAACCUGUAUUUGAUGCAUGGACAUCAGAAACUGUGUAGUGUUUUAAACAAAAUGGAACCGUAACACCGAGGAGGAGGAGGAAGAUUCCCAAGUUGUGUCACAAGUGACUAGAAGCACUCGGAGAAACACAACUUCCUUGAACCCAACCUUUUCUCUCAUCUACGUGAUAGUUGGCUUUAUUUGACGACUGCUCCACUUAAGUUUUACUGACACGUGGCUUCAGAUUGCUCCUUUGUUUUCCUCAAGUUUAAAGUGAAAUAAUUUUAUCGCAGGCCCAGUAACAUCCGAUCACCUCAUUUCAUGGUCAGUGUAAAUAGAACAGUAGUCCAAUAUGAAUGACACUCAGGUUUAUACAUGGAAAGUGCUUUGUAGUUCCUGUAUUUAUCAAAUUGUACAAAAAAAAAAAGAAAAAAAGAUGCAGUGUUUACAGGUGUCAGCUCUCAACACAUAAACACUACUAUUAAUCUUCAAAGCAUCUUCAUCCUUUGUUUUCAUUUAAUGUAUAUGCUUAUUUCCAACAUUAUUUAAAUGGAUGUCUUUUCCGGAUACGUUUUUUUCCGUAGUCAUUUUCCAGGACAUCAGGCGAGUAAAAGGGUGAUGCUGAGGCGGAUGUCGUGAGCUGCUCAGACCAAAUGUAAUUCCUGUAGAAGCUGAAUGUUGCUUUUGAAGGACUCAGUGUUUACAUAGUCUUAACCUACUUGGAGUACCCCACCCACAAGUGCCUAGACUUGAACAGAUCUAGGGAGCGAGGAGACUGCUACACACGUUUCUUUUUUUACGUAAUUAUGUUCAUUUAAAAAAAAAAAUAUGUGUAGUCACCCAAGGCAAUACGUGCUCUUUGUAAUAUAUCAUGUGCAGUCAGGGGAAAAUGGCAUUUUCCUGACCAGAGAAAUACUCAGCCAGGUGGAAAUAUCCGGAGGGAAAAUAGAACUGAGGUUCAGCAUCUYGUAAGUGAACUCCUGGUUUCACCAGCCAUCUAAACUGAAGCAGUUUGUGUUCCAGGCCUGAGAUAUGAUCUUUCUUCUGAGUUUCUCUGCCCACUCGACCUCUUUCCCUUGGCUGUUCUUUGGGGCUGCACCGGGGCUCAGAGGUGCUGCUCUUCAGCAAUAAGACUUCCCCUAUCUCCUUGCAGGGUGUAGAGAGCAACACUCCAGGUACCAAGUCAUCUGAGCGUCCCGAAAAAAAAUAUAUAUAUACACAUAUAUUUAUAUAUAUCUUUUCUUAAGGCAAACAGAGCAGCUUCAUUUGGCCACAGGUUUGGGUUUUACAUGGUGAAUUCUGGCUAGUCCCCCUUCAGGUUAGACUAUGGUAGGUGUUGAAGCAGGUGGCCUGGGAGCAGUCGUGAUGCUGAGGCCAGUGUUGGAGGAAGGUGCCAAUCGAGGAGUGCAAUUGCUGCCUAAUCGCAGCUGCUUCGGUUUCAUUGGGAGCCCUGAUGUUGGGUCUCUCACGAGGGCCCUUUGGGGUGAUCAAAUGGAAAUGUAGCAGGUUGAGGAGAGGCGAAUGGAAGGGCCGUUGACCUUUUUUUAAGCCAUGUAGCAGCUUUUUUCCAAACYGAAGUAACUGCAUCUUUUUUUGUGUGCAUGUUUAGGUGACCUGUCACGUACGAGCCACUCAUUCCUCCUGUGUUUUUUGUUUUCUUUUGAUUUUUGGUUUUUAUUUUAAUUUUUUUUAGUGUUUUGGAGRACCUUUUUUGUUUUGGUAUCGCGAUAGAGCGCGGUAGCCAUGCAGGAGAACCUGCUGCUUUCACGGUGUCUGCAGACACCCGUCCUGAUCCGACAUACCUCUUAGCAAGUACAACACUUCCUUGGAAAAAAWAAGAAAAAUACUGUGAAAAAUGCAUCUUUCUCCCUAUAAAUAUAUGGGKUUUAUUCCCCAAUCUGUUUCUAAAGCAGAAGCAUCUUUGCCCGCUGGGGAAGGCAAGCUGAGGGAGGGAAGGGCUGAGCUCUGUCGCUGGGAAUGAAGGGUUUUAGUCGAUUAAAUUUUAGACGAUGCACAGAUUACCUCAGACAGAUUCAUCUCCUGGAAAGAUUUGGUGACUUCCUACGUGCAUAGGGCUAACCUGAAUAGACUGCACUGGAGGAAUAACGCGGGGCUGCAGGUCCUGCCCUGUUCCUGCUCGGCGUGGUGCGAGGUCUGAUGCCCAGCGUCGUGUGCGGAGCUGUCAUUUCUUGCUCCCCCCAAUGCUUUUGGUUUUGGCAGGAAAGCUGCCAGCUCAAAUAGAGAAAACUCUCCUGCAGGUGCUUAAAGUCGUCGCUUUAGGUUUUCCGCCGCUUUUGGCUUUCUGAAUAACAGGCCUGUAAGUGUCAUCUGGUUUUAUUUGUAACAAAAAUCAGCAUUUCUUCUCCCAAAGAGCUGGACAGUCUGAUCUCAAAGACGUCCCUGCAAAGAGUGCCCAGAGCUCAAGCUGCAAGAGUUAAGUGCCAGCGCCUCGAAAGGCAGGCAAAAGUGAUCCACACUCUGUGCUUUCCACRGAAAAAUAAUAGGUAAAUACAGCGAGACUUAUUUAUAUAAAUACCCUAAAACUGCCCCUUUGGGAUGUCACUCUGCAUCUAAUCUCCAAGCUGAUGAGGGAGGAAAAAAUAGAAGCGAAGUCUCGUACAUCUCUCUGCUGCAAACAGUUUCAUCCCAGCCCCAAGGUGAACUCGAGACCCCGGUGGGAAUGGCUGGAGGGAAGAGCUGCUGCUGGUUGUCCCCAGGACGGGACCAAAAGGGAAGGAUUUGUGGGAUUGUGUUGCUGGAGGUGAGGGAGGCACGAAAGAGCAACCUUAUUUCGUGGGAGAAUCUGUAAAUAAAUGAAGAAUAACACACCAACUUUGCACUUGUACAUAAACUAUACAGUAGUGUGCAGAACAUGGGAAGAUUUAAACUGUAUAUAAACCAGAAACAAAAUAUUGAAUGUAUUUUUGAUGCAUUUUAAAUGAUGUAAGAGUUUUGUCAUAAUAACGUCUUCAUAUGAUGGGUAUGAGAUAACUUUCCAGAGCUUUAAAGAAACAUCUGAUUAUGUUCCUGAUAUCUUGCAGCGUAAAGCAGGAGGGCAUAACUUCACUUUUAUGUAUUCAAAUGCAUUUCACUUAAAGUUAUCGGCAACGUAAAAUACGGCUCUUCCAUUUGAAAGAAAAAAAAAAAGAAAAAAAGCACUUGAAAAGAGGUAAUAAAUGUACUUAAAGUAGUCAUUACUUGGGGGAUUAAGUCAGCAGUUUAAGCCUCUAUCAUUAAGAUCAUGCCAGUGAUUUCCAUUCAGAACCACUGUUUGCAAGAGUUUAUAACUAGCAGAAAUUCAGCGUUCAAGGUCUCAGCCCUCAGAGUGGUUUUAUCCUUUGAGAGUCGCCUUUCUUACUAYAUAUAUAUAAAAAUAAAUACAUAUAUGUGUUGCAGCGCUCCUAUUCCARAAAGCAGCAGUGCCAUUGCAUCUCCAAAUAAUGUACUUUUGUUGUUGUUGUUGUUCGCCAUUGUCCAUACUUUUUAGCCCAGAAUUUUCUCUGGAUUGUAGUAGUGGAGCAAUAGAGGACCCCGCCGCAAGAUGGGCCAGGGUGUUGGACGCAAGAAGUUUUAUGGGGUGCGACUUUUGAGUCGUCUUGCCGCUCUCUCUGGGUUUCCAGGGGGCUUUAUUUAACAAAUAAGAGUAUAAGGAAGGCCAGAGUGGAGCUUUACAUGCUGGCCCACCACAAGAGCAGGUUGGGAAGGAGYCCCCAGGGACCUGGGAGCCAACGCAUGGGACACAGAGACCCAGGGCUCCAGUUUUUGGAAUAGCAGCUGGUCAUUUAACUCAAAUUUCCACUUUUCCCUUGAUACCUCCCUCACUGAGAUAAUUUUCCCACAUGCUAGAAAUSCUGCGAUAAUGCAUAUAAUGCUGGGGUUUUUUUUGUUUGUUUGUUUAUUUUACUUCUUUUCUGCUUCUGCACCAGGACAGCUUUAACGCAGCUUAUCACAUCAUCCCAACACUACACGUGGGCUGUUGUUUGUGUGUCUUCCAGGUACUGUAGUUCUUUAGACACUUCUCCAUUUGCCACUGACUCCACAAACCUCUCCAGAAGAAAGGAGAAAAAAAGAAUAUUUGCAGAGGAGUGUAACAUAUGUUGGUCCAUUUUUAAAAAAAAAAAUCAAAAAACGAAACAAAAAAAAAAACGGAUUUUAUAUCACUCUGAAAUUUGUGCACAAUAAAUGUUCUUUACRCUAGGAUCCUUGGACUAAUCAUAUUCUCAAUUUUUUUUUUGUUCUCUAAUUAUUUACAACUCUUCUCCGUGUUCAGACUCGAGCUUAGUUUGUUAAUAUGUAUAAUUUAGCAUUUCUUGCAUUCAUAUGUAAAUACC